AUGCUUUCUUUCUUUUUCUUUCAGAACCUUGACAUUCUUCCCUUUCUUUCUUCUUCAAUUUUCUUUUUCUUUUUUCUUUCAGAACCUGGACUUUCUUUUUUUCAUUGCAUUUGUUUCUGUUUCAAUCAUUUCCUUUUCUAUCAAAUCUGUGCAUACACUUUCAUCUAUCUAUCUAUCUAUCUAUCUAUCUAUCUAUCUAUCUAUCUAUCUAUCACAGUCUGCUCAUUAUCUAUUACAGUCUUUUGUUCAUUAUUUAUCUAUCUGCCUAUCACAAUAUGUUCAUUAUCUAUCUAUCUGUCUAUCACUGUUCAUUAUCUAUCAAUGUCUGUACAUUAUCUAUAUAUUACAGUCUGUUUAUUAUCUAUCUUCUAUCACAGUCUGUUCAUUAUCUAUCUAUCCAUCCAUCAGUAUUUUCAUUAUCUAUCUAUCUAUCUAUCUAUCUAUCUAUCUAUCUAUCUAUCUAUCUAUCUAUCUAUCUACCUAUCUAUCACAGUAUGUUCAUUAUCUGUCUAUCUAUCACUGACCUAUCAUUAUCUUUUUCUGUCUGUUCAUUAUCUAUCAAUCUAUCACAGUCUCUUCAUUAUUUAUCUAUCACUCUCUGUUCAUUAUCUAUCUAUCACUCUCUGUUCAUUAUCUAUCACAGUCUAUUCAUUAUCUAUCUAUCUACACUGUUAUUAG